ACCUUCUGAGACCAGAGCUAAUAAGAAGAAGAAGAUGUCGGCGAAGCUUUUGUAUAACUUGUCGGAUGAGAAUCCAAAUCUGAAUAAACAGUUUGGAUGUAUGAAUGGGAUCUUUCAGGUAUUUUACCGGCAACAUUAUCCGGCGAGACGUGUUGCCGGCGCCGGAGAUGAGCUCAAGUCUCUGCCUUCAUGCAAAGCAAGUGACAGUGUUGGUGAUACCAAUAUUUCAACGGACAGCAAGGAAACGGAGAAGAGUAAGAAGAAGAAGAAGGCUGCAAAGGAGAAACAGAGGGGAGCCUCCUCUGAAUCGUCCUCGAGGCUGUCAUUUUCUUCUUCACCAUGCUCCUCGAGCUUCUCAUCUGCAGAUAUCAGCACCACGACAUCUCAGUUCGAACAACCCGGCUUGAUUCAAACGAAUAAUGGUGAGAAUCCGGUAAGAGAACCAACCUACGGGUCGCCAAGGUUGGGCGGUUUAAUGAUGCCGAGUGAUUUAAGAGAGCUUGUGAGAAGCUCCAUUCAUAAGGAGACAAGAACCAGAGAUGAAGAAGAAAACUUGUCUCAGCAGCCUAAAUCAGCCAGAGCUAAUGUGUCUCUUCUCAAAGAAUCAUCACCAUCUCGGAAUUCUAAUGAAUGGAGCGAAGGACGCAGAGUAGUGAAGCUGAAAGACAGUCCUCGGUUCUCUUAUGAUGAGAGAGAGGCGAGAAAAACAGGCGCCAAGUUGAAAGAGACACCAAGGUUGUCGUUAGACAGUAGAUCAAAUUCAUUUAGGAGCGCAAGAUCUAGCUGUUCACCAGAGCCGCAAGAGUUUGUAACGGGUCACAGAAGAACAACAUCGAGUGUCGUUGCCAAACUAAUGGGUCUUGAAGUCAUUCCAGACGAGUCUGUGAACGAUCAGAACAGAGGGAACCAGAACCGCUUCUGUGACUCCCCAAGGCCAACCUCUCGAGCGGAAGCAGAUCUACAAAGAUCAAGAAAUUCUGAUUCAGUCAAGAAGAUGAUGCCUGCUAAGUUUCCAAUGAAAGCAGCCCCAUGGUCUCAAGUGGAUGGUGCCAAGACCCAAGGUAUAGCAGCUGACGCUGCUACUACACUGACAGUUUAUGGUGAGAUACAGAAGCGGCUUUCGCAGCUUGAAUUCAAGAAGUCUGAGAAAGAUCUCAGAGCUCUAAAGCAAAUACUUGAAGCAAUGGAGAAGACGCAACAGUUGAUAAGCAAAGAUGAUGACAACAACAGUCUGAGUUCAACCAACUUUAUGCAGAGAGCUGAUCAGCCCAUUCCAUCUGCAACAACAAGCCCGUCGUCCAAGAAUUUAAGAUCUUCCUCCAUCGUGGUUAUGAAAGCAGCGGAGGCUGCAGUCUUCAAAGAGACAGGAAAUUGUGGUUCCACCUCUUUCUCGCCACGGAGUGUUGCUUUACCAAAUGUCAAGGUCGCAAACCUGAGGCAAACCCAGAAAGUCACUCAGAGGAAGCAGAGCGGCAUGGAUGUGACACCGAGGCCGGGCUUUUACAAGGGCCAGACAGAUUCUGCAACGAAAAACACUACUACUAGACCUUUACAAUCGAAAAGCGACAUGAUGAGGUCAGGAAAGAGCCAGAAGCCUAGUGUGAGCCCAAGAACACAGCCAAAGAAGCUCGCGUUCGAGAAGCAGUCUCGACCAACGUCUCCAAAACCAGAGCCAAACAAGAUCCAGAGACAACAACUCAGUAGGCAACAGACAGAGUCAGCUUCCCCAAGAAGAAAACCAGGGAUAAAAUCUCGCGUUCAGCAGCAAUCCGAAGACCAUUUCAGUGACGAAACCAGUGACUUGAGAAGUCUAAGAUCUGACAGCAACAUAAGUUUGACCUCUAACCUUGACAUCGAAGGUACAAGUAGAUAUAAAUAUGAGAGGAAUAACGACAUCACCGAGCAGCACACCCCAAAACAAAGGGUACAAGCUUUUCUUCUAUCUCAAAUUCACGACACAAGUUGUUCACUACUACAUGUCUCACUGAAUCUCAUCUGUUUAUCAAUGCAGAGUCCAGAGUUGGGAAUGAGGUCGUUGCCAAAACCUCUCAAAAUUACAGUGGAGCAGCCCAGCCCGGUUUCAGUUCUUGAUGUAGCCUUCGACGAAGAUGAGUCACCAUCCCCUGUGAGGAAGAUAUCCAUUGUCUUCAAAGAGGACGAUAAUCUAGGUUCUGAAGAGUCCCAGUGGAUGAACAAGCAGCGCAACAUAUGUAGAUCGAUUGUGUGGCCUGAGAAUAACGCGAGUAAGCAGCCUGAUGCCGAACCUAUUAUGGGUUUCAUGGAUGAAGGUGUUGAAUUCAAAAAUGGUGACGACAAGUACAUCUCAGAGAUACUGCUGGCAUCAGGGCUUCUAAGAGAUAUCGACUACAGCAUGAUAAGCAUUCAGCUGCACCAAGCACACCUACCAAUCAACCCGAGCCUUUUCUUUGUCCUAGAACAGAACAAGACAAGCAAUCUGAGUCUACAGGACGACAAACACAAAGCCAGAGGAUUUGGACAACAACAGACAGCGAACCUGAUAGACAGAAGCAGGAGGAAGCUCGUAUUUGACACCAUCAACGAGAUCUUAGCUCGCAGAUUCGCUGCAGAAGGAUGUACAAAGCAACCAUCCAUGAUAUCAUCGAUCAGGCCGCUGAGGACAACUGAAAAAAGUUCAAGAGGGAAAGAACUUCUGCAAACUCUGUGUUCAGAGAUUGAUCAAUUACAAGAUAAAGCAAAGUGUAUCUUGGAUGAAGACGAUGAAGACCUCAUUUGGGAGGACCUGCAAAGCCAAGGCAUGAACUGGAAGGAGAUUGAAGGAGAGACACCGGGGUUAGUGUUAGACAUUGAGAGGCUAAUCUUCAAGGACUUGAUUAGUGAAGUUGUGACAAGCGAAGUUGCAGCUUUUCCAAAAAUGCUCAGUGGGCAACCCGGGCAGCUUUUCCAUAGCUAGUAUGCAUUAUUAAUCAUCACUUAGAAUUGUAAAUGAAGGAAUCAAAAUCAUCGAUUUUACAGAGUAGAGAACAUUUGGUUUCUUAGUUCUCUGAACCUUUUCUUGUGUUCUCUUCUUAGUUGUUUAUGUAAAAACUCAACUCAGGAUAAAGCUCAUGAUGUUGUAUUAAGAUGAUUAUUUCAGA